AUGCAAACCUCCGAUGCCUCAAGUAUCUCGAACCGGUUGAAUUAUUCCAAAUUCAAUUCGCUCAACACUGACAAUACUGGCUUCUCCCACGGGGCAUACAACUCCAACAUCCCAGUCCAGGGUUUUGCGGACCGGAACGCUCGUCGUGCCAAUAUCCCUCACAUCAACACAUCCAGUCCGCUCCCCAACCUCUCGGACAACAUGGCGUCCUCCGGCACGGCUUUUGACAUGAAUUUCACGCCUCUGCUCCCCUCCCAGCUCCUGCUCGGUAGUCCCUUCCAACCCGGAACGCCCUCCGCGUUCACUUCGCCCCAGUUUACCAACUUCGGUGGGUUUCCCCAGGCCAAUGGUUCCGCCCAUGCACAAAACCAUCAGAACCAGCUAGCGAGCCCGACGCAGGCCACACAGAAUGCAGGUCUCUAUACCGGAAUGAUGGCCGCCGAUGGCAUGGGAAACUCUCAAUUGCUGGCAGGCCCCCAAUCUCCCAUUGGUGGUCUGGGUGGUCUCGGUAAUGCGGCGUUCGGCAGUCCGGCAGCAGCAGUGACUCCCGGUCUCCUCUCGGGAACGAGCCGCACUGUGUACCUGGGCAACAUCCCUGCCGAGACUUCGGCAGAGGAGAUCCUCAACCACGUACGCAGUGGCCAGAUCGAGUCUGUCCGCUUGCUCCCCGACAAGAACUGUGCCUUCAUCUCGUUCCUGGAUAGCAAUUCCGCGACCCACUUCCAUUCCGAUGCUAUUUUGAAGAAGCUCGCCAUCAAGGGCAACGACAUCAAGGUGGGAUGGGGCAAGCCGUCCCAGGUGCCUACCUCGGUGGCUCUGGCAGUGCAGCAAUCGGGUGCGUCUCGCAAUGUGUAUCUGGGCAACCUCCCGGAGGAAUUGACGGAGGACGAGCUGCGGGAGGAAUUGGGUAAAUUUGGCCCGAUUGACACCGUCAAGAUUGUGAGAGAGAAGGCGAUUGGCUUUGUCCAUUUCUUGUCCAUCAGCAACGCAAUGAAGGCCGUCUCCCAGUUGCCGCAGGAGGCCAAGUGGCAGGCCCCGCGACGCGUCUUCUACGGCAAGGACCGUUGCGCGUACGUGUCGAAGACCCAGCAGCAGAAUGCGGCCCAAUUCCUAGGCAUUGCCCCCGGUUAUGCGCAUAUCCUCAAUUCGGCUGAUCGCGACCUCAUUACCAAUGCUCUCGCUCAGCAGUCUGUCGCUGCGGCGGCGGUAGCGACCUCUGCCGGAGGUGUCAACAACCUGGGCAACCGAACCAUCUACCUCGGCAACAUUCACCCAGAAACCACCAUUGAGGAGAUCUGCAACGUGGUCCGGGGCGGCCUCCUGCACCAUAUUCGAUAUAUCCCGGACAAGCACAUCUGCUUCGUCACCUUCAUUGAUCCCACAUCCGCCGCCUCCUUCUACGCGCUGAGCAACCUGCAGGGUCUGAUGAUCCACAAUCGCCGGCUGAAGAUCGGCUGGGGCAAGCAUUCUGGCCCCUUGCCUCCCGCUAUUGCACUGGCAGUCAGCGGUGGUGCUUCUCGCAAUGUCUACGUUGGCAACCUCGACGAGACCUGGACCGAAGAUCGCCUGCGACAAGACUUCUCCGAAUAUGGAGAGAUUGAGCUGGUGAACACCCUGCGGGAAAAGAGCUGUGCAUUUGUCAAUUUCACAAACAUUGCCAAUGCUAUCAAAGCCAUCGAGGGGAUGCGCAACCGGGACGAAUACAAGCGGUUCAAGAUCAAUUUUGGCAAGGACCGCUGCGGCAACCCUCCGCGGCAAGCCGGCAACAAUGGGCAGCAGAACCGUAACGGAACCGGUCUUGAGGGAGCCCAGUCCCCUCCUCCUGCUCUCAAUGGUUUCCAGCCAACUUUGAGCCAGUCGGGCUCCCAGACCAGUCCCGCUCGUUCUGCCCUCUCGCCCGCUCCUGGAUCUACAGGCUCCCAGAACGGUUAUCAGCAGACCCGUCACCCUCUGCAGACCGUCUCCUCACCCUCCGGUAUUCUGAACGUGGGUGCGAACAAUCCCCUGACCAUGUACCUCAACCAAAUGUCUGCACAGCAACAAGUUCAGGAGCAGGAGAACCGCCUGACCGAUCCCAUGGCCUUGGCUGCCCUCCAGUCGCAAUCGCAAUCCCAGGCACAACAGCAGUCUUACUACAGCACAAGCAGCACCGCUGAGCUCACUAACGGAAGUAUUGAAGCUCCGAUGCACCAACACAAGGCCUCCAACGGCUACCUCAACGUCACCAAUGGUUCCACGGGGCCAAGCCACCACGCGACCGCCAGCACUAGCAGCCUGAGUGUGCCGCGUGCGCAACAUUCGCGCACUGUGAGCUUGCCCUCGUUUUCCCAAGAGCCAUUUGGCCCUGUUUCCAGUCAGCCUGGACACGGUCGCUCCGGUAUGGCCCAUCAGCCUCAGGCCAGCUUCUCCAGCUUUUCUUCCGCCCUUGGAGGUCUGAACCACGCCGGCUUUGGGCUCGCCAUUCAAAAUGAGAACUCUCUCCCCGGUUGGGCUGAGGAGGAAAUUGGAGCAAAAUAA